AUGCACCUCUACAAACGGAAGGGAAACCGCCAGCUCUGCGACAACCACCGAUGCAUCUCCUUGCUGAACAUUGCCAGGAAAAUUUUUGCUCGCAUCCUUCUUAACCGCCUAAAUUAUCACCUCGAACAAGGUCUUCUGCCAAACAGCCAGUGCGGCUUCCGCCGUCAUCUUGGGACCACGGACAUGAUCUUCGUCACCCGCCAACUUCAGGAAAAGUGUCAGGAGAUGCGGGCCCACCUCUACUCUAGCUUCGUGGAUUUGACGAAAACGUUCGAUACGGUGAAUCGUGUAGGGCUGUGGAAAUUCAUGCCGAAAUUCGGGUGUCUCGAACAAUUCACUCAGACGGUGCGUCACCUCUACGAUGGCAUGAUGGCGCGUGGCACGGACAAUGCAGCUGUCUCAGAGGCAUUCGCAGUGACCAACGGAGUGAAGCAGGGCUGCGUCCUGGCGCCCACCCUCUUCAGUCUCAUGUUCUCUGCCAUGCUGACUGACGCCUACCGUGACGAGCGCCUCGGGAUCCGCGUCGCCUACCGGACGGACAGUCACUUUCUCAAUCAACGGAGGAUGCCCUUCCAGUCGCGUGUAUCCACAACCACCGUCCGCGAAUUUCUCUUCGCCGACAACUGCACCCUAAACGCAACCUCGGAAGGGGAAAUGCAAAGGAGCAUUGAUCUCUUCGCCGCCGCCUGUGACAACUUCGGUCUGAUCAUCAAAACGGAGAAAACGAUUGUCAUGCACCAACCGCCACCCAACACAGACCACAAUGUGCCGCAAAUCAGCGUGGACGGAACGCAACUGCAAAUGAUGGACAACUCCACGCAACUGGGCGGCAUCCUCUCGCGCAUCCCCAAAAUCGACGAAGUUUCCCGCCACGUCUCCAAAGUCAGCCAAGCCUUCGGCCGUCUGUAG